AUGGGGGCGCUGGUGCUGGUCAACGCGCUGGCCACGCGGCUGCUGUUCGUGCUGCACUCUCUGCUGGCCGUGUGGCGGGUGAGCCGGGCCGGGCUGCGGCCCCGCUGCUGGCUGCUGGCGCUGCUCAACCUGCCCCUCGCCCUGGAGACCGUCCUCACCCUCACCGUCAACCGAGGCCGGGGCUACAGAUGGUUUUCACCAGCUAUAUUUUUAUAUCUGAUUAGCAUUGUCCCAUCGCUAUGGCUCCUUGAACUACAUGAUGAGACACAGAAUUGUACCAGUCUGUCUAGCCUUACCAAAAUAUUAUCCCAGAAUAUCAGUGUCGAAGAAGACUUGAAUCAAACCCAAGUAGGAGAUAGCAAACACCAAAGGGCCGAUCAACUCAUUGAAACGGCUAAGGUGUUUGUUAGCAACUUAUCGGCUGUUUGCGAGCCAGUUUGGACCCUAGGUCUCCACCAGACCUUUCUGCUGCUGCUAAUCAUCGGAAGAUGGCUGCUGCCAAUUGGGGGAGGAAUCACCCGAGACCAACUGUCCCAGCUUCUCCUCAUGUUUGUGGGAACCGCCGCGGAUAUACUCGAAUUCACCAGUGAGACCCUGGAAGAAGAAACCGUGAGGAAUAACCCAGUGCUGGUUUAUGCCAUUCUUACCAUCUGGACCUGGAGCAUGCUGCAAUUUCCUCUCGAUCUGGCAGUCCAGCAUAUCAGCUGCCCAUCAUUCAUGACACCCAAUACAGUGCCCAGCCUACUCCUCUGCCGAUACAGUGCAGACCUGUGGAACAUUGGAAUCAGUCUCUUCAUACAAGACGGCCCCUUCUUGAUCGUCCGCUUGAUACUGAUGAGCUAUUUUAAAGUGAUCAACCAGAUGCUGGUGUUCUUCGCGGCCAAGAAUUUCCUAGUUGUGGCCCUGCAGCUCUACCGGCUGACCGUGUUGGUGCUAGGGGUGUAUACUUUCUUGAGACACAAGUCAGCAGGUCCGAAAGAAGGCGACGACAACCGUUGGGGCCAAUCCACCGAUAGCGGGCUCCCACCCAGUACCCCGCUUGGCAACUCAAAGAUGGACACCACGAUUCCUCUCGAGGACUCUCCGACCAUCUCUGGAUGCCCUUGAGCUCACGAGUUAUUUGUUCUCUGCAGUAAGCUGCGUCCUCCUGUUUUAGAAUCCCUCCAGGAGGGAUCUCUAUGCAAGCUGGCUGCUCUUGGGGUUUUGACUCACUCCCUCCCCACUUCAGCACCGACAAUUUGAAGUAAGAAAUUCAAGAAAAGCACCUGAUCCAAAGGCAGAGUGAAAAACAUUUUUCUCGCUGAAAGGAAGGAGAUUUGAUUAAGUUACCGCUCUUCUCUAUUACAUAUUGAUAUAAUGGAACCAGGAA